UUAGGACCCAGAGCAUCCAACAGUAAAGAGGAGGAGACAGAGGAAAAGUCGGAGUGACAGGAGAAAGCUGACACAGUAACCGCAGCAUUAAGGAACCACCUCUCCUCUCUGCGAAGAGGAGGAGGAGUAGGAGGGAUACAGCGCACCGGGGAUGUUCAUCUGGGGACGGAGAGCCUCCGACAGAGGAUGGGUGAGCAGGUGUGACAUCUCCAUCAUCCAAGCAGCCGAGGAGAUGCCGAUAAGUUUGACUAACAGCUACUCAUUCGAGGCUCCCGCAACAACACGUGUACCUGUCCCGCACAUAGACAGUUAAACUUCACGCAUAUUCAAUACGAGGAAGGACAUCUUUCACUCCUGUGUAUGGUUUCAGCUGGGACCUGAAGACCUCACCGUCUUUGUUGGACAGCUGGAUGGAGUCUUAAGGAACUGGGUUGUUUUUGUCACUCUGAAGCCAUAAUUCAAAACCAGACAACUUUUGUUUCCUGAAGAACAUCGAGCCAAUGUUCACCCCUGGAUUAUACUUCUGUAGCCUUAUUUCUUUCACACCUAAAUGUUAAAAUCUAUUCCCAAAACUAAUCCUAGAUGUUAUGUCUUCAUGAAGUGUCAGAAAGCAAAGCCAAGGAAAUAUUUUUUACUGUUUCUGCUGCAGCUGAAGAGAAACAAGGGCGUCUAAUUUAUCAAUAACUGUUAUUGUCACUUUUUGCUGUUCGAGAACAAAAAUUGAGACCAAAGCUUCUCCAAUAAUCCAACACAACUUUCAGGUGCUGGGAUAAAUUCGGCAUGUGCUUUUUUCCUCUGGACCCGGCACUGAAACAAGAGAAAAAUUAAAGAAUAGGAUUAAAGGUGGAUUAUCACAGCAGCUGCCUCUACAUAAGCCCAUCGAGCCAGCCGGCUUGUAGAUUACGUUUGCCUGUUGAUGCGGCCUCUGGAGCGGUUCGUCUUUAAUGGAGAACAGAGACGAGCUGGAGCACCCCCUGCUGGGAGAAAGCGCCGCCAACAGGCUGCCGUCCGGCCAGAACCAGCAGAACCAGGCGCCGGUCGGUCUUUUUAAGGGCAUUCUGGUGAAGUGUGAGGAGGACCGAGCGUAUCCUCCGCUGGGCUGGAGAGGCUACUGCGGCCAUCCUCCGGAGCUGCUGGAUGCCUGCGCCCUGCCGCGCAGCCUGGAGUCGCUCUACCCGGCUGGGCCGCUGUGGGGCCAAGCGGACAUGCUCAGCAAGGAGUACCUGGAGACCACGUUUGUGGACAUCCGGCCCGGUUCGGCGCUGGAGAGGAAGCUGCUGGCCGAGGCUCAGGACUUCCACAGCGCCCCCUACAGCAUGGAUGACGAGGACGACCUGCUUCCUGACUCUGACGACUCGUCUAUCGACGACCUCAGCGAUACGGACAGCGACGGAAACUUUCCCCUGAUGAUCCCUCAGGACUACCUGGGUCUGGCCUUUUUCUCCAUGCUCUGCUGCUUCUGGCCGCUGGGCAUCGCUGCCUUCUACCUGUCUCAGAAGACCAACAAGGCAUCAGCUCAGGGGGAUUUUCAGGGCGCCAACGCGGCGUCCCGCCAGGCCCUGUGGCUCUCCGUGCUCUCCAUCGUGUUUGGCAUCAUAACGUACAUCUGCGCCAUCGCAGCGCUGAUCUCCUACCUGUCUGCAAAGCCAUCAUAAGAGCCGCGGCUCGCACACAAAGACACAAACCCUCCAUGAACAUCAGCACAUCAUCUGCAAAAUAACGAAUAAACGAAAAGAUUUUAACCACGUCUCACCGGAACAGGACGAAAUGCAGCCCAGACGACAUUCAGGCUCGUCUUUCUCACUGAGGUUGAAAAGUUUGUGUCACGCUUGUCAUCACAUGUGGAGUUUAAAUUUAAUUUAAAGGUGACCUAUUGUGCUUCCUAGAACAGGCUAGGAUUGGGUGUCCAAAACUGGCAAAUUUAAACUAAAAAAAU